UACAUUUACAUUCAAUUCAAAGUUGAAUUGGCACAAGAAUUUACGAAACUAUCAUUUACAUUGCACGCGCCUUACAUUCUCCUAACCUCACAAUUAACGGUCAGCUGAUUACUGUUUACAUUUUAUAAGUUGUCUUGUGGUUAUUGAGAAAUGAAUAAUAAUCUCCAUAAAGCAGUUAUUUUGGGUUCUUUGGGUGUUGCAGUAGCCUUGCUAGCUCGUGAUCGUGAAAAUAAAAAUAAAAAACAAGUACGUCGAAAAAGGAAGAUGUGGGUUAAAGACAUAUACUUGAAAAGAAAGGAACAGGGCUUAUUUAACAAUUUAAUUAAAGAGAUGCAACUAAGUGACCCUGUCUUGUUUUUCAAUUUUGCACGCAUGAACGCCACCUCAUUUGAACGUUUACUAUUGCUGUGUGGAAAUUAUCUUACUAAACAUUCACCAAGAGAAGCUAUACCACCUUCGCUUCGCUUGAUGCUAACGUUGAGGUUUCUUGCUACAGGCGACUCAUAUCCAAGCCUAGCCUAUGCAUUUCGAGUCCAUCCUUCAACUAUAUGUAACAUUGUAUGGGAAACAUGUCAUAUUUUAUGGGCCGUUCUAUCUCCAACAUAUUUAAAGCCACCUUCAGAAGAGGGCUGGCUAAAAGUGACACAAGACUUUUACAACUUAUGGCAAAUGCCCAAUACACUCGGCGCAAUGGAUGGGAAACAUAUUAGAAUCCGAGCCCCGUCUAAUUCAGGAUCAAGAUUUUAUAAUUAUAAAAAAUACUUCAGCACAAUUUUAUUUGCUGUAUGUGACGCCAAGUAUAAUUUUAUCUAUGUGGAUAUUGGUUCUUAUGGAGCUCAGAGUGAUGGUGGUGUAUUUAGAAAAUCCAGUUUGGGGCAAAAAUUAUUAUCAGGGCAAUUAAACUUACCAAUAGGUUGUCCUUUACCAAACGAUCCCAACAAUUGUACUGUUCCAACAUUUUUUAUUGGUGAUGAGGCCUUUCCUUUGCUGACCAAUCUAUUAAGACCUUACAGCAAACGGGAGAAACGUAUGCCUGAAGAUCAACUUAUUUUUAAUUAUCGGUUGUCAAGAGGAAGACGGGUCAUUGAAAAUACCUUUGGCAUUAUGGUUGCCAGAUUUCGAAUAUUUCUUCGCGAAAUACAUGCUGAACCAGAAACAGUUGAUGCAAUUGUUAAAGCAGUUGUAUGCCUGCAUAAUUUUAUUAAAAGUGAGAAAAUUGACAUGUAUUAUAACAGUUCAGUUGUAGACAGGGACACAAAUGGUACUAUUCAACCUGGCAGUUGGCGAGAUAUGGUCAGUGAAAAUACAGCAUUUCAAUCUGGUACUGUACGUUUUGGGAACCGGAAUGCUGCUAAGGCUGCCUGGAAGCUUCGUGACUACAUUAAAGAAUAUGUAAAUGGCGUUGGGGGUGAUUUAUGUCCAUGGCAGUGGGAUUGUAUAAAAAGAACUGAAUAAUGUAGUACAUAGAAAAUAAAAUUUAUUUUGAAAUUCACAUUUAAAUAGGAUUUUAGGAAUAUAAAAAUAACUUGUGAAUUUA